AUGUCGGCAGAUGUGACCUUUGACAUCGUCACGGCCAGCAUCUGCGCCCUCCUCAUCAUCGUCCGCUGCGGCUACCGCAUCCUCCUACGAUGUAAAGUCCACGAUACCUGCCACCGGAUGUGGCACGUCGACGACGCCUACAUGGCCUUUGCGCUCCUCCCGCUCAUCGGCCGCACGACUUGCAUCUCGCUCUCCUUCUACCUCAACCCGACGCACACAUAUGAUGCCGCCACCGAAGAGGCGGCCGCGGCGCGGAAUCUCAGUGUUGAGAAAUUGGCAGAGUAUUACGUCAUCUCACACAAGCUGCUUAUACCGGCUCGCAUAUUCUAUGCAUUAUUCUUGUGGUCGUUGAAGCUCUGCCUGCUCAACUUUUACUCGCGCUUCGUGGACAUUUUUGGAUGGGGCAAAGCUGUCACGAAUGCUCUUUGGUGGUUUAUUGUUAUUACGUUUUUUGUUAUCUUGAUACCCACUCUUGCGGAAUGCCGGCCACUUUACUUCAUGUGGUCCCCUGAUCCUACUGGCGCAAAUACCUGCCAUCGCGCCCUCGGAAACCUCAUCACAAUGGCCGUCUUCAACAUCGUUACCGAUAUUGCGCUUAUCAUCUUCCCGUUUCCUAUCUUUCGUCAUGUUAAACUCGACAGCAAAGUUAAGGUGCAGCUCGUGCUCUUAUUCAGCAUCGCUGGCGUUGUUGUCGUCAUCACCAUCAUGCGACUACCCAUGAUACUGAACCAGGCAGUAUCACAAAGAUCUCGUUCCAUGUGGGCAUCCAUAGAGAUACUUUGCGCCUGUAUCGUCGCAAAUACAGCAUUCUUUUACGCUCUAUUGAAAGACUACCAGCGAGGCCACGACUCUCGCGGGGGCAACUCGAGCUACGUGCAGCAGCCCGAUUAUUACAUGCAGGCGAUUCCUUCGCCAGAGUUGCGGAGGGGAUCCUCGGCGCGCUCUGAUGGUUUAGAAGUGCCGGACCACUGCUUCAUCAUCGAAUCUCCACAUAAUCAGGCUCUACCCCCCAAGCAACUGCCCUCAUCAAUCCGCUCCUUUAAUCACGAUAUAUCGAGACCAGACAGGAUGACUGACACCUCUACGCUCUCAAACCUCGCAUCCUAUACCUUCGGCGGGCUCUGCAUCCUCUCCGCCCUCCCAUUCGUCGGCAUCCCGUUUCCCAACCGCCGCGCGGCAGACUACUACGCCGGUAAGAGCGAGUGGAUGUCGCAAAUCUUUCGCCGGCGUCUUACCCCCGGACAGGCCGGAUACUUUGGCGCAGCGUUACGCAUCGCAGUUGGCGCCGCCGUCAUAGUUCCCGAGACGAGGGAACCUGCGCUGCUCUUCAAUGGGGCUGUAGUCACUUACGGGACCUUCAGGGCCUAUGUAGAUGGGCGACCUAUGCUCCCGCAGUGGGGAAUGUUAGCAGUGAUUGCGGUUUGUCUUGGUCUUGGACGUUUAUCGCAAGCUGCUGUGGUUGAAAAGCCGUAG